AUGGUCGCUGGUAUAGCGCCAGAAGAGCGUUGUGUGGACGCUGCCUUGACUCGCCUGUAUUGCAUGAAUUGCGGACAUCAUUUGCAAAUUCUUCCCGAUGGGACAGACACAGGCCAGAGAGACUGUAUUGUUGACAUAGCUGCCGUGUCUGCAGCGGUGCUGCGCGUGAAGGCUGUGGGACGGGCGGUAGUGGCGAUCAAGGGAACAGAGGCAGGAAGAUACCUGGCUAUGAACAAAGACGGACCGCUGCUUGGUUCUGUGAGUAAUAAAACCUUGAAAACAGUCCAUAUACCUUAA